UGCCACCCCACAGCGACUGGCACCCCGGAGCUGCUCAUCACACCCAUCCUGGUUCACUAUGGCAACUGAUCACCAGAACCCUGCAACCAAACAAAAGCAACCAGUGACCAGUGCAUUCAAGUUGGUGAUCUACGAACAGGAAAACUUCCAAGGCCGCUGUCAUGAGCUGACUGGGCCCUGUAACAACCUCCAGGAGGCGGGCGUGGAGAAAGUGGGCUCAAUACUCGUUCCGUGUGGACCGUGGGUGGGAUAUGAGCAGCCCGGCUGUAAGGGGGAGCAGUAUGUGUUCGAGAAGGGUGAGUAUCCUCGCUGGGAUGCCUGGACCAACAGCAGACGCAGUGACUGCAUCUUCGCCUUCCGCCCCAUUAAAGUGGACAGCCAGGAACACAAGAUCGUGCUGUACGAGAACCCAAGCUUCGCUGGGAGGAAGAUUGAGAUCAUAGAUGAUGAUGUCCCCAGCUUUCACGCUCAUGGAUAUCAUGAGAAAGUUUCCUCAGUCCGUGUGCAGUGUGGCACCUGGGUGGGUUAUCAGUACCCGGGAUACAGAGGCUAUCAGUACUUGUUUGAGAAAGGAGAGUAUAAGGAGUGUUCUGAGUUCGGGGCUGUGCUGCCGCAGAUCCAGUCAGUGAGGCGCAUUCGUGACAUGCAAUGGCACCAAAGAGGAGCUUUUCACCCCUCUAACUAAGCGACCAGCACAUCUCUUCACCCCCAGCUUCUGACACUCUUUCUCUCUUCUUCACUUUUGAAUGCUGAUCUUCCAAGCCUCUUUCAGUUGUGUCAGUGAUUCCAUUUGCCACUGCAGAGUAAAAAUAACUGAUUUUGCGCUA